GAAGUCACCCGGAAGAUGAAUGAUGCAACACAGAAAGUUCCGGAAUAGCUAAAGGUCGCUUCAUAAAGCGUUAGCCGGAGAUCCGUGGCGCAGUCUAUUCUGAGUUUUCGCAGAAUACAUUUGCAAGAAUAAAAUUAAUUUUCACCAUGCCGAGAGGACGCAGAAGCCGAAUGGCUCCUCCAGCCAGAAGUGCACCACCGCCCCCACCUCCUCCCUCUCAUGCCCCCGUACCAGUUCAGGCGCCUCCAUCUGCUUUGGCUGCUCCAGCCGCAGCACCCAAGCAGCCAGGUUUAUUUGCCCAGAUGGCAACAACGGCUGCUGGGGUAGCAGUCGGCUCUGCGGUCGGGCACACCAUUGGCCACGCAAUGACUGGGGCCUUCAGUGGUGGUGGGAAUUCAGAGCCUGCACGGCCUGAUGUCACGUACCAGGAGCCCUACCAGGCACAGCCAUACCAACAACAGCAGCAGCAACAGCAGGCCUGUUCCUAUGAACUUAAACAGUUCAUUGAGUGCGCUCAGUCCCAAAGCGAUCUGAAACUCUGUGAAGGCUUCAGCGAAGUGCUCAAACAGUGCAAGUUUGCUAACGGUCUGUCUUGAAUCGGAUCCAGGAACCUUGAAAGGAUUGCCGGAUGUCAACAUGAUCUAAUUAACAACUGAUCAAAGUGUAAUUUAUUUUAGCAAUCGACUUUCAUCAGCUGGAAUUUGUUAAAUCCAUGCAUUUAGGAGAGUGCAGCAGAGCUUGUAAUCAUACAUGUUUAUAUUAACCACUAGUUUAGUGUUUUGAAUUGAAUCUUCAUGGGGAAAGAUCUCUGUGGGACAACGGCAUUGUUGGAUUAUAAUUACUUGACCUGUUAGUGUUUGAAAACAUUAAAACGCUUGGAUCAUGA